UUAUGAAUUUUUAAAAAACGUGAAAUACAAAAAUAAAACUUACGUGGGCAGAGGUGACAGUUCAGGAGGAUGUAUCGCCUCAGAACUUCCCUAAGUGGUCUUAGCAGUUUUGGUAUGUUUUUCGUAUUUUUUUCUGGAAUUAAGCCUGCUAGUUAUUCUUACACAGAUUGAAAUUUAUUAUCCUUCCCUGAAACAUGAAUAACUAAUAGACUUGCUAGUUUGGAUUAGUUAAGCAGCUAACUCGUGUAAAUAUUCUUAGCUUGCAAAGUUAUGUAGGGAAGACACGAACCAGACCUUAACUGUUUCCUUGUUCAAUGGUCUGAAUAAAGCACAAGUUUUUUGUUGUUUAUUUUUUGUUUGUUGUUUUUGUUUGUUUGGGUUUUUGUUUUGGUUCAUUUUUUUCAAAGUUUGUUCUAGUUAUCCCUGUUUGCAAAUGGAUUGAGGUCUCGCAGAGACUUUUUCUAGUCUGUGAUGUUGUGUUUUUGUGUGUUCUCAUAGAAAGCAGGAUUUCCCAACAGGUGGGAAACAGGCAGCUUUAGCCUUGUUAUCUCUGAUGUUCCAGGCCAGCGGUCUCUGGGGGAGCCUGGUGUCGUAGUUGUACAUUUGCUGGGUCAUCUGUUUAGCGAACAGGACAGCCUGAACAAAAGCAACAAAUGAGCAAAAGUAAAACCAGGCUUUAUUGGUUUUGCCUUUUUACAUAUUGUCUUCUAGAGUGAAAUGUGUCAACCACAGUGCUAAGAGGAAUAAAUACAUUUGAUCUGUCAGAGGAAAUUGAGGGCCUUGACUGUGAGACAAUGAUUUGCAAGGAACAAAUAGUUCAGGAUCAUUGGGUGGUCUUGAUGUUCGUAGAAGAAUCCCUAUAAAGCUUAUCUCAAAACAGACCAAUAAAACCAAACCUGCGCCUCGAACUCCAAGAAAUAUGAACAGAAUGCCUUCAAAGACACAAGCUGGUGAUGAAGAAGAAUUUGAUUAUAAUGAAGAGGAGCGAUAUGAAUGCAAAGGAGGUGAAAUGUUUGGCAAUCAAAGGAGAUUCCCUGGACCCAUCUUUUGGGACUACAAGAUAAACUUGCUGGGGGAAAAGGAUGAUACACCGGUCCACUUCUGUGAUAAGUGUGGAUUGCCCAUCAAAAUGUAUGGACGCAUGAUACCUUGCAAGCAUGUUUUCUGCUAUGAUUGUGCUAUACUACAUGAGAAAAAGGGAGACAAGAUGUGUCCUGGCUGUAAUGAACCUGUGCAGCGAAUCGAGCAGUGUGUCCGAGGGUCUCUCUUCAUGUGUAGCAUUGUUCAAGGGUGCAAGAGAACUUACCUGUCACAGAGGGACUUACAAGCUCACAUCAACCACCGUCAUAUGAGAGCUGGAAAGCCAGUGACUCGUCCUCCGAUUGAACCUGUACAUCCUCCAAUUGCCCCACCACCUGCCGAAAUUCCUGAGCGAUUCAUAAUGCCACCUGAGAAACACCAUAUGAGCCACAUUCCACCAAAGCAGCACAUCAUGAUGCCACCACCUCCUUUACAGCACGUGCCACACGAGCACUAUAACCAGCCGCACGAAGACAUUCGUGCGCCUCCUGCAGAGAUGUCAAUGGCUCCGCCACCACCUCGCCCAGUCAGUCAGGACACCUUCCGCAUUUCAACAAGAAAACACAGCAACUUAAUAACUGUCCCUAUUCAGGAUGAUUCGAAUUCAGGUGCUCGAGAACCACCUCCACCAGCCCCUGCACCUGCUCAUCAUCAUCCCGAAUACCAGGGCCAACCAGUGGUAUCGCACCCUCACCAUAUUAUGCCUCCACAGCAACAUUAUGCACCGCCCCCACCACCACCUCCGCCAAUAAGCCAUCCACUGCAGCAUCCUCCCCAGGCAGCAGGUACUCCUCACAUGGUGUAUAGCCAAGCUCCUCCGCCACCAAUGACCUCUGCUCCUCCUCCGAUAACCCCACCACCGGGACAUAUAAUUGCCCAGAUGCCACCAUAUAUGAAUCAUCCUCCUCCAGGACCUCCCCCUCCUCAGCAUGGAGGCCCACCUGUAAAUGUAAACGCACCUCCUCCCCAUCACUAUAAUCCCAACUCUUUGCCACAGUUCAGUGAAGAUCAAGGAACUCUUAGCCCUCCUUUCACACAGCCCGGGGGAAUGAGUCCAGGGAUAUGGCCAGCUCCAAGGGGCCCGCCUCCACCUCCAAGGAUGCAAGGGCCUCCUGCUCAGGCCCCGCUUCCUGGACCACACCACCCUGACCAAGCCAGAUACAGACCCUAUUACCAAUGAUACAAGUGAUUAUAUGAAUAGAGUGCUAUGAAAAGGAUAAGACUAUAUACAACAGCCUUUUAAUUAAUUGUUUUGGGGUUAUUCUGUUGUGGUUUUUUAAAAUAUUGUAAUUUUGACUGUAAGGCAUUUUGGGGUUCGAAUCUUAAAUGAUUUUUAAGCCUUGGCUGUAGGAGUCUGACUUAAAAUAUUCUCUAGUGCUAAAACAAGUGGCUUAGUAGACCACGAUUGCAUUUUAACAGAACUUCUGUCUCUAGCGUGGCUAGAUUGUCCUAAGAACACUUGUAAUAUUAUUUCCUGGAGAAAAUGAACACGUGUUGUACCAUUCUGAAUAUUGUUUUUGUUAAAUCCAGUGUUUAGUUUCACUUGUGAUAUGUUUUUGUUAACCUGUGUACAAUAAUUAAAUUGAAAUAUGGUCGUAAAAGUGGUGGGUUUUUAUAUGACGUUAACACAGACAUAGUUCUGGGACACCAUUUCAGCACUAAUACUUUCCAAAUGGGCAGCGUAAUGAAAUAUUAAGAGAACUUUAAUAUUUCUACUACUAACGGUUACCACUACUUAUAACAAAUUCGGGCUAUGGUGAGCUCAUGGCACUAGGAAUCAGAUGUAGAAUACUGCAUUUUGGCUUUUUCUUUUUUUUCCUUUAAAUUUUUGCAGCAAGAUACAUUUAUCAGAAAUACAGCUUUGGGCAUGAAAUGAAACCGUGUAAUAAUGUAUUGUGGGUUUUGGUGUUUUUUUGGGGGUUUUGGGGAUUGAGUUUUUCGGUUUUGUUUGUUUGCUUUAAAGCUAAUUUUGGUUGAGAAGGCUCUGUUUACGUGUACGCUACUCACUGGAGUUGAAUUCAAACUAUUGUGUUUACCUAUGGUUGUGUUUGCAUGGAAGUGGCUGUGAAUUGGCUUGCCCUGUCUGAGAAGCAGAUGAUUUUUGAUAGGGAAGUGGUGUUUGCCUCUGUCACCUUCUAUAAUAUGUACAGUAGGAAAACUUCCCAUUUGGAUAACCUGAAAGAAGUGAUCUGAAAUCCCGUAUGUUGAUAUAAAGAAAUAAAAAGCUAUACAUCCUC